CGCCAAGGUAGACAGUCUAAGUCCGGAGCACGAUACGCAGACACUCGUUUGUCCGCAAUCCCAGUUUGUAAUUCGGGUUUCCUGUGAAAAAACCCUAAAAAAACAAUAAAACAAUAAGUGAAUAUGUGUAAUUUUCAAAUAAAACUCAUAUUUCAGUGUUAAAACUGUGUUUUUUUGUGUUAAACUAAUUCACUCGGAUAUUCUUGCUCGUUUCCAAGAUGGCUUCUACCCGUUGACUUACACUAGAAGAUUUCUAACGUCAUAUCCUGUGUGUCCUAUAGCGGAAUCCUAUUGAAAAUAGACAGAUGAAGCUUCGUGAGCGGCACGGCACAGCGGGCUGAGGGGCAGCCAAGAUGGAGGCAGGUUGGCUGGUGGUGGUGGCGCUCUUCGUCGCUGCGAGCGCUCAGAACAAUCGCAAUGAUGGACCACGGUUUCUGUCGAGAGGCCACUCGUUUAGGACUGUGGUUGGAGACACGCUGCUUCUUCCCUGCCAAGUCCAGAACCUUGGAUCUCUGGUACUGCUGUGGAGGCGAGGCCCUGCAGUGCUCACGGCUGCGAGUCUGAUGGUCACGCGAGAUGAAAGGUUUCGUCUGGUCGAUGGUUACAAUCUUCAGAUAACCGAUGUCGGGCCUCAGGACGCAGGCGACUACGUUUGCCAGAUAUCUGAUCGAGUGGCUAGGGACCAGGUGCACACUGUGGAAGUAUUGGUGCCACCGAGCGUCAGAGCCUCUCCGGAGACGAGACACGUGACGGCCAGACGUGGAGGAGCUGCCGUGCUGGAGUGCCGAGCAGCUGGGAACCCUGUACCAACCGUCACGUGGCAUCGAUUGAACGACAGCAGCUCUCGUCUCGGCGAGGGCCCGCAGCUGCAGCUCUCCCGCCUGGAGCGGCACCACGGUGGGGUCUACGCGUGCACCGUGGACAACGGCGUCGGGCCACCGGUGGUCACAGAGUUCCAGCUGCAAGUGCUGUAUCCUCCAGAGAUAACGGUGGAGAGAUCCUGGGUUCACACUGGCGAGGGGUUCCGGGCUGAAUUAGUGUGCACGGUUCUAGCCGACCCGCCCGCUGAGGUUUCUUGGUACCAGAAUUCUUUUCCGCUGAGCGCUUCCGAACGCGUGACGAUGUCGGCCCGAGGGAGCAACCACACUUUACUAAUAGCUGAUGUGCAACCCGAAGACUUCGGGAACUACAGCUGCGUGGCAGACAACAGUCUGGGUCGCGCUCGUCGUCACGUGGAGGUGUCGGGGCGGCCAGGCCCCGCACGCUUCACGUCGCCGCCGCUGGCCCGCGCGCCCCACUCCUACACGCUCAGCUUCGCCGUCGACAGCUACCCACCCCUUGAUGAGUUGAGGCUACUUUACCGUCAGCUGGCCAUAAACGAGUCGUUUCAACAACCAGGACGUUGGCACGACGUCGUCCUGGCGGCGCCGGCUGCCAAGGGAUCAUUGACGCACAGAGUCUCGCACGAGCUGCGCGGACUGCAACCCGCUGCCGUGUACGAGGCUAUCGUGCAGGCGAAGAACAGAUACGGGUGGAACGAGGUCAGCGACAUAUUCCAGUUCCACACUCUCGGCGGGCCCCACACGGCUCAUGCAGACGAACUGACCCCGAUGUUCUCCGCGGCGCCCGAGCCGCGACUGACCCAAAGUUUGAGUGUACUAGUCAUAUAUACGUGUUACUGGCUGGCGUUCAGCCAAUGAGAGUCCGCCUUUUAAAAUUAGUGUCGCAACGUUCUAUUUUUUUCGAAUUCGCCCGAUCGUUUGACGAUUAAAAUGACACCAGUUCUUUUAAGCUUUCGAAGUGUUGUAAAGCCCUUAUAGACUUUUUAGCGAUUUAAGCGAUUUUCGUGUAAGCGAUAUGUACAAUUUAAAUUUUCUAGCGUUUCAUUUUUACAAUGUGAACUAACUCGAUUUCAUCAUUCCGCAAAUUUAGAACUCACUUCGAAAACUUGGCUAUGGCCAUGCAUUGACAACAGAUGAGUUUACAAGUUCAUCUCUUCCUUCUCACCUAUCAUCAUCCUUCUCCUGUUCUUCUCCCAGUCACCUGGGGUCGGCGCAACAUGUUUUCUCCUUCCAUACUCCUCUAUCAUAUACCGUUUCUUCGCUCACUCCCCUCUUACCCAUAUCGUCUUUCACGCAAUCCAUCCAUUUCUUCUUAGGUCUACCUCUUCUUCUAUGUCCUUCCAUAUUCAUAGUUAACACUCUCUUACCAACCUCAUUUUCAUUUCGUCUCAUCACAUCUUCCUUCUCACUUAGUUUUAAGAUAUUAUUAGUCAGCAGCGGCCUGACUGUGCCUCUGACAUUGACGAUAUUCAUGAGCCGUAUGCAUCGUGUGUCUGUAAGGAAAAUAAAAAUAAAACUUGUUUAUGUCAACGCUACCCUGAGACAAGAGAUUUUGUCUCAUCGCAAUUUAUCUACACCCUACCACGCCAAAGUGUAACCAGUAGUUUAAUGUCGGUAUUUUAAUCACAUUACUUGUGUAAAUAGGUAAGUUUUCACUAUCCUACAUUCAGUUAUAAGUCAAUUUGUAUGACUACUUUACGGCCAUCAGUAAAUUGACUUUUUAGUGUGUAUUUACAUUAAAUUACAUACAAUUUAUUGCAGUAUCAAAUAAAUAGACUUAAAAUUACCUCGUUCCAUAUCAUCUUUCUUAAAACAGAUUAGGGAUGUACAUAAUAUUAAUUAAUUGAAUUUUAUAAACUUGAUACUGGCAACAUUGACGUCGUAAGAAGCUAAUUACCAUAUUUAAAAAAAAGAAUGUUCCGCUUUAAGUGACUGGAUGAACCGCUGUCGUAGCGUAUCACUUGAUAUAUGUCCAUGGGCUCGCGCCGUUGAUUGGUUAUAGGAGAUUAUAGGCAACACAACGUGAAUGUCGUCGCUCAAGGACAUCAGCAGUACGAGGGGCACGGCCAAGCCGCUGCUGCGUCAUUUAAUAACUCCCCCGCCUUAUGGAGAGCAUUACUGCUUAGCGGCAGUGACACGCAGGACUGUGGUACCGAUCCUUGCAGACUUACGACCAGUUACCUACAUAGAAUGAUACUUUUUACGGUUUCGAUUUUAUUUAUCAGACGACAUUAUUUGGACAGUUCUGAGGGCGUUUAUUUUUAUCCAUCAAUCAACAACAGACACAAAAUGAAUUUAUUAUUAAUAUUUAUAUUAAAAAUAAUAAGCAAUAAAAACGUGUUAGUGAUAGCGUUUAUAAUAAUAUUACGUAAUAAUUAUGUAUGUAAUUAAUUAUAUGUAUAAUUUUUAAGAACUAUUCUUUUACACGGCAAUAAUUUGUAUGAUUAGUGUGGCAGCAUUUUCAAUGUUUUUGGGUUGUGCAGAAAAACUGACAGAUUGCGAUGUUUUCGGUCAAAUUAAUAAGUACUCGCGUAGUUUGUUUAAUAUUUAAUUAAGUCAAAGAUAAACAAAAAUUGUUUCUAUUUAACUAAACAAAUGUGUAUUUAAUAAUGUUUUAGUGCAAUAUUAAGUUAAAAUACACUAAUUGAAAAGCAAUAAUUUUAAUAUUAAUUCAAGAAGCGAUAUAUUUUUAUUGAUCAUUUUUAAAAUAAGUAUCAUAAUUUAUUGCCAAUUUUGUGAACUAAACUUUCGUGUUGUAUAUAAAGUAUAAAAUAUUUAUUUAGGAUAAUACUUAACUCAGAACGUGACAUUGGAGAUAACAGGUUAGACAAUCGUGAAUUUCGGUAUUAGAUUUGGUAUAAUCAACAUUACUUUGGCAUAAAACUAGACAUUAUAGAGAUUGAAAUCAUAAGAAAAAUACAAAUUUUAAAAAUGGUUUUAUAGCAAUAGCAAAGAGAACUAACAAUUUCAACUUCUUUUUAUCCUGUCCAUACUAGUUAGGAUAUACUAGUUGGGAUAUCAGAGGGUAGUUAUAAAACUUGUGUCGUCAGCGGUUGGACUUUUUGGCGGGAACGCGAGGAGUGAAGUGUAAUUUAUUUUCUUCAGGUUCAAAUGUGUAAUAACGGUGGUUUAUUAACUGUUUAGUAUCUGUGAAAGUGCAUAAAUGUGGGAAAAUAAAACAAAACCGAUCCCGAACCGAAUUCCAUAAAAAAAAUCGUCCUCGGUCAUUGACACGCCGCGUUCAUUGUACAGAUGACUUGGAGAUGGCGAAAGUAAUGGUCCAAGAUACCAUCACACACAAACAACCAUAUAGAGCACAUAAAAACGUGUGAAAAACUAUUUAUGUACGAAUCUGUAGAAGCGGUUUUUGAGUAAAUUAGAUAAAUCUAUGUAUCUAAUGUCAAAAUAUCUAAAAAAACCUAUUUCUGUCACUAUAUCUGCCUAUACUUAUUUCGAUCAAUUUAUCUUUUAUGAAAAGUUAUAAUAUGGAGUGAAAUGAAAUGAAUAUGAUUAAUUAUAGAUAUUAAUCAACUGAGAUGAAAUGAAAUGAGAUGAGAUGAGAUGAUAUGGGAUGAAAUAUAAUCUCAGUAAAAUGGUGGUUAUUCACUGAGAUUUUUCAGUAGGCUUUUUGUAGGAUCCCGAGAAGUUACGUCCAGCGGCUUUGUUUCAUUUUCCCACAUUUGUGCACUUCCACAGAUAUUUAACAGUUAAUAAACCACCGCUAAUACACAUUUAAACCUGAAGAAACACUAAAUAGACAAAAUCAAACAAACCACACAACUUCGCUCCUCGCGUUCCCGCCAAAAAGUUCGUAGUUAUUAUACACAGAUUAUACAACACAAAAGUUUUGAUUUAUACACUUACGAAGGGUGGAGGUAAGGAGGACUGUCUCAUGCAGGGGUCAAGUUGAGACAGUGUCCAGCUGUGAGCGGACGCCGCUCCAGAGUCCAUCACCAGCUCGGCUUGACAAGUGGCGCGAUCUUUAUAGUCGUAGUUCGAGUGAAGGGUCCAGACUUCAACAGCUUAAUAUAAUUUUCGACGCCAUCUUUGAUAUAACGUCAUUAGCUACGGUGACGCCGCGGUAACCGGUCGCUUUUCGGACACAUUUUUAUACACAGAUAAUGUGCUCCCUACGUCUACCCUCGAAAUUUAUAUUUUUCGAAAAAGCCUCUAUAAUUUUGUUGGGUUAGCUUCUUUUGUUCUUUUUUGUAAAAAAAUUAAUAGGUAAUUUUAAUAGAAGACAUUCCUUGAUAAUUAGACGAAUGUAAUAAUUGAAAUUUGUGUAAAAAUUAAAAAAGAAACCCAAUCGGACCGGCUGUAGUAAUAUUAAUCGCUAUUCAAUAACAAUAAAACGUGAACUCUGUAAAGUAGUUAAUAAACAUAAGUUUAUUACA